AUUAGCUAAAAAUCUCCACUUUAUUUUCCAAAACCUAAAAGUCUGUUUCACACCUACCUUAUAAAUCACAUCAAACCCUACUCUACCCUUUCUUCCUUCUCCCUUUACCCCCUUGUGGCUGUGCUGCCUGCGAGACCUUUUCAUGAAGAUACAAUAUUUGGGGCUUUCUUUUUUUCGUUGACUGAUAUUCAUGGAGAGUAAAGAGGGUGUAUUAAAGAUGGAGGAGGAGUUGGGGAACUCCUUUUCUGAUUAUUUCCCAUUGCAAAGUAUAUUUGAUUGGAGCUGUGAAGGAGGAGGGAAUAUGCCAUUAGGGUUUAUGGAGUUGUUGGGUGUUCAAGACUUGAAGCCUCCUUUGUUCGAUAUGGGACAACAACAAGCUCCAUCUGCCGUAGUAAACCAGGCUUUGAAUCCUUGUUCUACGAAAAACGAGCGUUUUAAUUAUCAGCCUGCAACCCCCAACUCGUCCUCGAUUUCAUCAGCUUCAAGCGAGGCUGUCAAUGAUGAACCUAUUCAAGUCGAUGAUGACCAAGAAGAAGACCAGCAAAAGACCAAGAAACAGCUGAAACCCAAGAAGACAAAUCAGAAGAGACAGAGCGAGCCGAGAUUCGCGUUCAUGACAAAGAGCGAGGUUGAUCAUUUAGAAGAUGGGUACAGAUGGAGAAAGUACGGCCAAAAAGCUGUAAAAAACAGCUCCUUUCCUAGGAGUUAUUAUCGUUGCACCACCACCUCAUGUAACGUGAAAAAAAGGGUGGAGAGAUCUUUCACUGAUCCUAGCAUGGUGAUCACCACUUACGAAGGCCAGCACACUCAUCCCAGUCCCAUCAAGCCUCGUUCCAGUCUAGGUGGUGGCGCCGGUUCUGCUCCUUAUCACUAUCGGCAGCAACGACAGCCAUUUGUCAAUACCUUGCCUCCUUUGAACUUUGGACACAACAAUGGCUCCAUUAAAGCCGGUAAUUUUCACCAUGAGAGGCGAUUUUGCAGCCCGGGAUCGUCUUUGCUUAAAGACCAUGGCCUGCUUCAAGACGUUAUACCAUCCCAUAUGCUGAAAGAAGAGUAGAAUUACAAAACCCAUUAUCGCUAUAUAUGUAAAUGCAAAAAUUCCCUCACUGACUUGGGUGAUCAGUUCAUUCUGGUAUGUAAUUUUCUUGCCGACAAAGUGGAGAUUACUGCACUGUAUAACUUGGUUUUGCUUUUUUAUCAAAUGGAAGAACUUAGUUAAAUAGUUUUUCUUA